UUCCUUUGGCCCUCAUUUCUUAUAUAGACCCCCUUCACCUCCUCCUUGCUUCCCUCACUCCUCCUCUUCUCUUCUACUUCUCUCUCUACACUCUUUCUCUCUCUUAAUUUACAAUUCAUCUCUCUCUACAUUCCCUUGGUGGGUUUAUCAAUUUUUAGUGAUAAACCGCACCAACAUUGUCUUUGUUACACACAGUAUUACACUAAUACACCUUAAAAAAAACUGGGAAUUUUUUGACCAGAAUUUGACGUUAUAAAUGGCGAAACCCGUUUCAAUGGCUACCUUGGUAGUUAUGAUACUUCUGUGUAUUCCAAUGGCGUUCGCUGGUCAUAACUAUGGCGACGCUUUAAGUAAGGGCAUUCUGUUUUAUGAAGCUCAAAGAUCUGGUGUUCUUCCCCAUAAUCAAAGGGUGAAUUGGAGAUCUCAUUCCGGUCUAAACGACGGCAAAACCAGUGGGGUGGAUCUGGUAGGAGGAUACUAUGAUGCAGGUGACAAUGUGAAAUUUGGUCUGCCAAUGGCGUUUACAGUAACAAUGAUGUCAUGGAGUGUGAUUGAGUAUGGAAGACAAAUGGGUUCAAAUGGUGAGCUUGGCCAUGCUCUUGAAGCUAUCAAGUGGGGUACUGACUACUUCAUUAAGGCCCACCCUGAACCCAAUGUUCUUUAUGGAGAGGUUGGAGAUGGUAACACAGACCAUUACUGUUGGCAAAGGCCAGAGGACAUGACCACCGACCGGUCUGCCUAUAAGAUUGACCCGAGCCGACCCGGUUCUGAUCUUGCCGGAGAAACCGCCGCCGCCAUGGCCGCCGCUUCCAUCGUCUUUCACCGUUCCAACCCCGCUUACGCUAGUGAACUCCUCACUCACGCUCGUCAGUUGUUUGAGUUUGCGGACAAGUACAGGGGCAAAUAUGACAGCAGUAUCACUGUGGCCCAGAAGUACUACCGAUCAGUUAGUGGUUAUGCGGAUGAGCUCCUCUGGGCUGCAGCAUGGAUGUACAAGGCAACCAAUGACCAAUACUACUUGGGCUACCUUGCCAAGAAUGCUGACGCUUUGGGUGGAACUGGCUGGGCAAUGACUGAAUUCGGGUGGGAUGUCAAGUAUGCCGGUGUUCAAGUCCUGGUUUCCAAGUUCUUAAUGCAAGGCAAAGCAGGACCCUACAAGGCGGUAUUCGAGAAGUACCAGGAGAAGGCAGAAUAUUUCUUGUGUGCAUGCCUAGGAAAGGGCAGCAAAAAUGUUCAGAAAACACCUGGUGGCCUCAUCUUCCGUCAGAGGUGGAACAACUUGCAGUUUGUCACCGGAGCUUCCUUCCUUCUUACAGUUUACUCCGACUACCUUUCCUCUGCUCGCUCGAACAUGCAGUGUUCUGCUGGCCGUAUUGCCCCUACUGAGCUGUUCUCAUUUGCCAAGUCUCAGGUUGACUACAUUCUUGGAGACAACCCAAGAGCAACAAGUUACAUGGUGGGAUAUGGAAGCAACUACCCACAACAUGUUCAUCACCGAGGUUCAUCCAUUGUUUCCUACAAAAAGAACCCCUCAUUUGUUACCUGCAGGGGAGGAUACGCGACUUGGUAUGGCAUGAAAUCAAGUGAUCCCAAUGUCCUUACUGGUGCUACAGUCGGUGGACCUGAUGCUUAUGACAACUUUGCUGAUGAAAGAGACAAUUACGAGCAAACUGAGCCAGCCACCUACAACAAUGCUCCUCUUAUUGGUGUUCUAGCUCGUUUGACUGGUCACAGCGGUUACAACCAGCUUCUUCCAGUUGUAGUACCAAAAUUUAAGCCAACUCCGGCACCACGUGCCAGAAGAACUCCUGCACCUAAAGCAAAGCCUUCUCCAGUGCGAAAAUACCACCGUACUCCAGCAUCACAUGCCAAACCAGUUCAUGCUCCAGCUUCAUCAUCUGCUCACGUUUCCAUCAAUCAGAAAGUCACAAAUUCGUGGGUUCACCAAGGAAGAACAUACUACAGAUACUCCACAUCAGUGACUAACAAGUCUAACAGAACAAUCAAGAACAUGAAGCUGUCUAUUAACAAGCUUUAUGGUCCUGUUUGGGGACUUACAAAGUAUGGAAACUCUUACGGAUUCCCAGCCUGGAUGAGCGCCUUACCAUCUGGAAAGAGCCUCCAGUUUGUUUACAUUCAUGCUUCGACUCCUGCUCGUGUUGCAGUCUCAAGUUACAAACUCUCCUAAGGAAAAAUGAAGCUCAGGUUUAUUUGUUCAUAAACUUGGAGUUGUGGAUGUAACAAUUGUGCAGCGUAUACUAGGAGUCGAGUCAAGUUUUUUUUUUUUAUUACUUUUGGAGUUGAUAGUUCUAUAUAUCUGAGUGGAUGAUGAUAGGGCUGUAGGAGAAGAAACGCUUUAGAGUAAUAAGAGUGUUAAGGUAGGAGGACGAAAGGUGUGAAGAGACGAAAUCAAAUAUGAGUGCUCAUCCUCUUUCAUCCCCGCCUUCACUGCUUAUAUAUAUGUAGAAUUUGCAAGAGCGAUUGUGAGAAGAGAAGAUGGGAAAAAACAGCUUCUCGAGUGAUACGGAGUACUUGUUGGGAGUGUUUUUAGUUCCUUUCAUGUAGUUCAAGAGAGAGAGAGUGUGUAUGCUUCUAAGGUGUGACUUUUUCGUCAUUUUUGUGUUUGAUGUUGUAAACUCUGCAACAUUUCCUUUUCUGAUUUGAAUGAAUAUAGAUUUCGGCAUUUUGUGUAAAAA